AUGGCAGAAAACUGGCUGCCCACCAACUUUGGUGGGGCCUACGAGGAAAUUGAAGACCUCUUGGAUGAUUUGGUCGACGACGUUGUGAUUUACAUCGAGCCUGACUUCGAACCCGAUCCGCCGGUCCACGAAAUCUACCUCUCAAGCCCAGGCGAGGAGGACGACGAUAUCGAGGAGCCCGACCCCAUCGACGACGAGAUCCCCGCUCAGAAUUCCCCCUUCUUCAACAUGGCCGAGCCCAAGUUCACCCCGCAGCUCGUCUUUGUGGACGGCAGCAACAACGACCUGAUCCAGGAGCUGGCGGACGUGCUGAAGAUCAGCGAUGAGGUGAAGCCGCUGAUCGAGAAGGACCAGCGCGAGGAGGCGCUGGCCGCGGUCGUGAGAGCCUCCGCCAACUUCAACUCGAUGCCCGAGAAGGAGUUCGGCCCCGCCUACAACCUGCUCAUCUACCUCGUCGUCCAGCAGUCCAAGGACCCCAAGAAGCACCUGCCGAUCAUGUGUCAGAAUCUGCUCAAGCCGAUAACGUCGUCUCCAGUUAAUGGCCCAGGCCUCGCGCUCGGCGCUCUCCAGACCAUCUUCAACCUUCUCGCAGUCGACAACCCGGUGCGCUACAACGUGCUCCUCCAGAUCCUGCGCUUCGUCAAGAUGCACAAUUCCUACGACUCCUUCCAGCCCAUGGUUGCCAGAAUUCCGCGCUGGCUCGAUCUCUGGGACCUCGACGAUGAGGACAAGCGCAAGGUGUUUAUCGAGAUCUCAGAUGCCGCUCACGAGGCUGGCGAGCAACAGGAUGCCUACAACCAACUUCUCCUCGCCCUACGAACCUUCGAUGUCAACGAUCAGGAGGAGCUCAAGUCAGCGGAGGCACAGCAGUACUCUCUGCGUGCCCUCAAGCUUGUCCUUGGUAUCAACAAGCCCUGGGCCUUCGACCUUGCCGCGCUGCGAAAUCUCGCCCCCGUGCAGGCGCUCAGCGACUCCCACCCCGUCUACUUCGAGCUUCUCGAGAUCUUUGCCGAGCAGGACCUGGAGGACUUCAACGACUUCAACGAGGAGCACGAGGGCUUCCUGGAGAAGGAGCACCUCGACUUUGAGGUGCUGCAGACCAAGAUGCGCCUCCUGACCUUCGCCAGCCUGGCGGCCGCCCACUCGCAGAACAACGAGGUCCCCUACGCCAUCAUCGCCAAGGCACUCCAGAUCCCGUCCGAGCAGGUCGAGCUGUGGAUCAUCGACGUGAUCCGCGCCGAGCUGGUCGAGGGCCGCAUGUCGCAGCGCGACAAGGUCUUCCGCGUGCAAAAGGCCACCCACCGCGUCUUUAGUGACAAGCAGUGGCGCGAGCUGCAGGUGCGCAUCGACGCCUGGCGCGCGACGCUCGUCUCCGUCACCGGCGUGCUCCGCAAGUCGCAGGCCGAGGCCGAGGCGGCGCGCGAGCGCGAGGCGCAGGAGAUUGAGCGCAAGCUGCAGCAGGCGAGCCUCGGCGACGGCCAGCAGGGCGGUGGCCAGCGUCGCGGCGGCGGUAACGCCGGCGGCCGCAACCAGCAGCAGCAGACGAGACAACGCACCGACGACGACGAUUAG